UGUCCGACAAAUUGUGCCAGCGCGCUUUCAUUGAAAGCGAACGAGUGCUUUCAGAUCCAAUGCAAGUGCUGCCGCUGACACGCUCGUAAAGACUAGGCUAAUCGCGCGGAUUAAACGUACGAAACAGGCGCACACACCUCCGGCUCUUACAUAAAUAUAUGUCGUCUAUCAAGUCAAAACCUCGCACUUCCGCCUACUAAAAACUUCGCGGACAUCAACGGCCCACGCUCGGGCUGGCCUGCCCCUCGAUAUGGACACGAUACAUGGUCAACAUGGCGUCCUCCCUCCCCAAGACAGACGCAGAAAUGGCUACGAGACAGAUCAGCUCGAAACAAUAAUCUCAUUUCUUCCCUCCACAUACAUCAAGCUCGCGGCAGGUAGACGCGGAACGGCUGCCGAUGGCAGCAGAAGGAACACUUCGAACAGCGACGAACGAAUAUUUCAUCUCCCGAAGAACAAAACGCAAGCUUAUCGAAAUAUUCAUCGUCACUCCGACCGUGGAAUAACAUCAGAGAACGCCCAUAACGAAGAGCCAACGGUCAAGUAUAUAGGGAAUCCCUGGCCGUAGCGUUAGCGCCACCGUGGACCCAACGGUGCCGGCAAGCCCUGGUCCUUACGCCGUGUCCCUGUGCUCGGGGAGCGCGCUGCGUACGGCCACUGGCCCGGCCGCUCGGCUGCUGUGAGUGCCGUGUGCACACACCUACUCUAAUUGGUUGAAUUGCGUCACCUAGGCACGGGUGAUUCCCCAACAGACGAUAUACAGUUAGGAUAGGGUAGGGGUAACCCGGCAGUCCGUGGGCGCUAUCGAGACGGCGAGACGUGUGCUCGGGCGCACUGACCUUUUUCGCGCUUCCCGCCCAGCUGAUUUUUGGCGGGAACAGAGCGCGGGACAGGGCGGGCUACGUCUCCAUGGCUCGCGACGAAUGUUUUCGGAAAGGAGUGAGUGGCUCUACUUGUGUUCCUUGGCGGAUGGGGAAUCGAUGUGUCGCAGUUUCCCGCGCUUCUUCUGUACGAUGCGAUGUCCGGUGGUCGCGUUGGACAGCGGAUACAAUGCUUAUCGUGCCUCGAGUGUCGUGCGAAGGAGGUUUGCAAAGGAUUGCUCUGUGACGUCAGCACGCAGCCUUCAGCAUCCGCGCAAUGAGCGGUAACGCUUCGCGACCACGGGUAAUGGCCUCGAUUGACCUGGCAUCGGAGUUGGUCAGCGUGUUCGAGUGUCCCAUGUGCCUCGAUCCCAUCAAGCCGCCCAUCGCCCAAUGCAUGAACGGUCAUCUGCUGUGCUUCCCGUGUCGCAAGAAGAUCACCAACUGUCCUCUGUGCAGGGAGCGGAUCAGCAGCGUCCGAGCGUGGGCCAUGGAGAAAGUGGCUGAAAAGCUUCCCUACCUGUGCAAGUACUCGAAUCAUGGCUGCACCGCUCAGCCAAUCCUGCGUGACAAACAGGAUCACGAGAAGACGUGCGAUUACAGGCCCUGUCCCUGCUUAUUCACGGCGAAGGACUGCAAGUGGACUGGCGCUUCAAAAGAUAUGAUGCCGCACAUCCAUGAAGCCCACCGCAGCUUGCCCAUAGUCCGUGGCAAGAAGGCGGAGUUCGUCGUCCAAGAUGGACAGAUACCGUGGAGCAACGAGCGGAUGACGGUUCAGUCGUGCUUCGGGCAGCACUUCGCCACCGUCCUCGCGAUGCAGCACGUCGGCGGUUUCAAGCUGCUCCACGCGCUGGUGCUGAUCUUGAACACGCCGCUGGAGGCCCGGAACUUCACCUACCAGCUGCAGAUGAGGAAAGGCGAUCGCACCCUCAAGUGGACGUCCAGGCCCACUUCCGUCCUGGAAGGUGUCGAGGCCGCCAUGGCGCGAGGAGACGGCCUCGUCUUCGACGCGCGCAACUUCGCCGUCAAGCUGACCGUCGAAGUCACCCUCAAGCGGUGUCCGCCGUCGGCCGGGAAGCGAGAAUAGGACGGCGACGGCAGGGACAGCUACUUUCGGAUGUUCGGUCCCCCGGGAAAGAGGUCCGUGGGGUCCGAGACGAAGAACGUGAGCCAACCCUAUUGCAAAAACCAGCGUCUUCCAGUGUGAAACCAGGGCGUUCUUUGGCAUUGGGUCACACUGGGUACGCUUGCGCUCGAUGGGACUCACUGGGACACCAGUGAGAACGCUGGAUAAGAGAGAGCUGGGUGACACUGGAAGAGACGCUGUUUCCACUGCCAUGACGCUGGGGCGCACUGGUUUGUGCUGUACAGGCGCUGGUUUUCGCUGCACUUCGCUGGUUCGCACUGUAAACUGCGCUGGUUUUGUUUGUUCCGCGCUGGUUCCAGUAUACGCUAGGACGAGCGCUGCAGAAUAUUAAAUGCUUUAUGCAAUUUCAUCGCUUGAUACUAGUCUCUUGUCCUAAAUAACGCUAUAUCUUGGGGUCAUAAAACCCUAUUUCGUGUCUGAGCUUGGAAUAAAGGCGUGUGAGCUGCCCUGUUUAUUCAUGGACAUUUGACACUGAAGAACACUUUCGUUUUUUUUAUUUUCCCUCUUGACUGGGCGGAUAGCUAAAUUCUUGAACGAAACCACGUAAACGCAGAGGACGCCGCGUUUUUUAGUAGUUCGCACGUAACGUAUGACUGUGAGUUGUCGCCGUUGUCGCAGUGUUGUGGAGUGGACAUGAAAUGAAGUCGUUCGAUCAGACGCGCGCGAACGGACCCCGAGUUCGAAGCCUAUCGCUGACUGAUAUUAUCCCACCGAUAACAAAGCUGCGGUGAUUCGUGCGCUUCCACUUUCCCCAUUGUACCAAAAAAAGUUAUGAGGCUCAAAUACACACAUUUUAGCUUUCGCCAGCUACCCGCGCCGAGAUCGGUCCCCACCGAAGCUUAGGCCUAGCGUAUCCGCCGAGUCCGUCUUCACGCUAUCGGCGCGUCUAGGCUCAGGAAUCAAGAAGUCUAACAAGGAUAAAUCACUCUAUAUUUCAGCUUUCGCAUCGGUGUUCUUGAACAAUUGUUUCAUGUCUACAGUGCCAGCACAAGCAGCGAUGACCACAGAUGUGACGCGUCAUAAACACAGGUAUAUGUGCUAUCGCCGAAGGCUCCCAGCACUAUAGCCUGCGCUUCUCUGACGAAGAUAUGACUAGACAGACGUGUUGACUGAAAGGCAUCACUGAACUAAGAAAACGUUGCAUAUCCAUCGCGUGAAGAACAAGAAACGGCUUUCGAAAUCGGAAGUAGCCCAUACAGCAUCCCGUGUCGGAGGUUCAUUUAGGACUUUUUUCGAAGUUAAAAUACCAAUCGCAAGUGAAAAUCGAUGUUGUGGCACUUCCGAGCAUGCUAAUGAAUACGGACAGCAAAUGUUUCUUUGUAGUACAGGCGUGAGUUUUAGUUGCUGGACGAUAGCGCAUCUACCAUGUCUGCGCAAGACGUAGCUCUGAGAAACUAAAUCUGCUUCUCGAUUUUGACAUGUCAAAUUAUCCGUUUAUUCUCGUCUGCUGGCCUUGAAGAUGUAGACUUGAUAUCGACGCAUGAAGGCCAGGCAAUGUACACUCCCUUUCAGCGAGGCAGUCAUGCUAGAUUGGACCUUGUAUAUGUUCCUAUCGAAUGUUCGCUGUUAUGUUCUGACUACCAGACGAUCUAUGUCACUUUUAGUGAGCAGUGCCUAGUCAUGGUUACAAUCGGUACGAAGAGAAUAGCUGCGAAAUUUAAUUGGGACUUGUGGAAGUUUAAUGAUAAAUUACUGGAAGAUAUAGAGUACGUGACUAAAGUCGAGGAUUAUAUAGCGAACAUGCUGUGAAGUAACUCCGCAAGUUUUACGCAAGUAUGGGAGCAGUUCAAGUGCGAUAUUAAAAUAGCUGCUAUUGAUAGAUCAUGUGCGCUUCGGCGAAAAUAAAAACGAGUAAAAGAGCUGCAGAGUGCCCUAGAUUUUAUGCUAAGUAUGGAGUGCUACGAGCCAGGAUUGUUCACAAAAGAAAUUAAAGAGUCUAAAACUAAGCUCGAGGCAAUAGACGAAGAAAUGUACCGCGGCGCAGUGAUAAGGGCGCGUAACGAAAAACUGUGGUCCGGAGAGACGCCCACCGAACGCGCGCUCUGUGAUGGCACGCUCUGUCGAAAGAGAUAACAGAAAUAUGCUAUCGAAACGAAAUCACCAAUCGAAGAGAAAUGAUCAAGCAGGCAUUCGUCGAACAUUACACAGAUAUAUUCAGCCUUAAUACACCAAACACUGACUACUUCAGAACAGAAUUCCUAUCGCUGAUGCCGAGAUUAGACGGCGACCUUGUGCACGCUCUAGAAGCCUGUAUUACAGCCGAGGAAAUUGAAUCAGCGAUUCUGGAGCUUAGUUCAAACAAGUCUCCUGGGCCAGACCGUCUCGGUGCAUCUCUAUAUAAGGCCUUUAGAACAGAAAUGGCAGUCGCACUUGAAAGGCUGAUUAGCGAAUUCUGUGAAAUGAAAGCAACUGCUCCAUCCUUCCGAGCAUCGCACGUAGUACUAAUUCCUAAAACGAAUGAUUAGAUUAAGUUACAGUCUGUGACUCAUGCCGUCCCAUCAGCCUAACAAACGUGGACCAUAAGAUAUUCAUGAAGAUUUUAGCUCGACGCCUUCAAAGUGUUAUUAAGUCACUUGUAGGGUAGCAUCAGACAUGCGACAUAAAAGGCAGGACAAUCUUUACCAAUGUUCACUUCACACAGCUAGAACUGUCCUCGAAUGCUGCGACGGAAUGUAUGGGCGCGUGGCCAUGUUGCAAUUAGAUCUGCGCAAGGCUUUCGAUAAAGUCAUGCACGAAGUUUGUUCUCAAUCCUAGACCAUAUCCACGUUGGAACCGUUACUACAGAAGGCGUUAAAAUGAUGCACAAUGGUUUUAUAGCGAAGCGGACAAUUAAUAGGCAGUUAAGUGAUGGUAUUCCUGUGCAGUCGUCUGUGAGACAAGGCUGCCCUUUAUCUCCCCUGCUUUUCGCUCUCUACGUCGAGCCCUUUUGUUUGCGGCUGCUGAAGAGCCCAAACAUCCGGGGUUACACUUUUCAUAAAACUGAAGUUCGAGUUUUAGCAUAUGCUGAUGUUUUGUACGAACCAUGACAGUGUUAAAGCAGUUGUACAAGAGGCUGUAAAAUUUUGUACUGCAAGUGGAAGUGCUAUUAACUGGAACAAGUGUCUUGGUUUUUGGCAUGAGAAUUGGCAAUACAAGCCUGAGACUUUUUGUAACAUGCAAUGGGCGGUAACACCAGGCACCUACCUAGGUGUGCCACUUGAACAUCAUCGUGAUAGCAAAGAAUAUUGGGGCAAUGAAGCAGUGCGACUGAAAACCCAGACCGGCUAAUGGGGAGGGCAUAAGUUUUCAAUGUUUGCAAGAGCCACCGCGUGUAAUUUGUUUUAGUCGCAAAAAUUUUUUGCGUGAUGCAAGCGUUAUGUCUGACGAGGAUGUCUGUGCAAAAGCUGCAUAGAGUAUUCGCGACGUUUAUUUGGGCUUCAACAAGGGACCGUACAAGUCGUAGUAAUCUGUUCCAUAGAGUGUUGAAUGGUGGGCUGGGGUUGUCACAUCUGUUCCUCAAACAGAUUGUAAGCAGGUUUCUUUUUUUUUGCGUGAUCAAAAGGAUGCUUUUCUGAGAACAAUGAUUCAAGCUCGACUGCGCGAUUCAUUGCCUGAUUAUGUAGUGUCGUCCAUGUAUACGGGGCCAAUGCCUUUAAGUGCUUUUUUUUUUUUGCGUGAAGUGGUCGCCUCUUUCCAAAUACCAAAAGCAAGAUU